AGCUGAGUGAACUGUUAGAUAUUAAUGGUUUAAACGUAUUAUUUUUCUUUUGCCAUCGAUUUCAAACAACAGCGGCUGAGCUGGAGGGAUUAAUGUGCUUUCUUUGUGCAAUCAGUUGAAAAGCAGUGAAGUAACAUGCCGUGACGUUGUCCAACAAUGUUUUGGUUCCUGGCGGUGACGUAAUACACAAAAACAUGGUUCCCUUGUUUUGAACCCGAAAAGCGUGCUAAGUGCUUCUUUAACUUCACUACGCAUGAAGAUGCUUUUCGGAAAUUGAAUGACGGGAGAGGAUUUUUAAGAGACGAUGGCUCAGGCCGUGGAGACGUGUGCUGAAUCCGGACGCAGGCUGCGCUCCAUCUGCCGGAGGAUGUACGACGAGAACGAGGAUUUGUCUGAUGUGGAAGAAAUCGCAAACAUUAGGGGGUUCAGCGUGGAGGAGAAGCUCGUCAGUGACAGCUACAACGCAAAGUUCGUCAGCUCGCUGGAGGGUAAAGACUUCUCUUAUGAAUAUGUGCAAAGGGAGGCUCUUAGGGUGCCCCUCAUUUUUAAAGAGAAAGAUGGACUGGGGAUCAGAAUGCCUGAUCCAGAAUUUACAGUUAGUGAAAUUAAAGGCUUGGUUGGCAGUCGUCGGUCUGUGGACGUUAUGGAUGUAAGCACUCAGAAAGGGACUGAAAUGAGCAUGGCUCAGUUUGUCCGUUAUUACGAGACACCAGAGGAAGAGCGGGACAAACUCUUCAAUGUCAUCAGCUUGGAGUUCAGCCACACCAAGCUGGAGAAUCUCAUCAAGCGGCCCACAGUGGUGGACCAAGUCGACUGGGUGGACAACAUGUGGCCUCCUGAUCUGAAACAAAGCCAAACAGAAGCCACCAAUGUCAUCUCAGAGAUGAAGUACCCUAAAGUGCAAAGGUAUUGUCUCAUGAGUGUGAAGGGCUGCUACACAGACUUCCACAUCGAUUUUGGGGGAACUUCCGUUUGGUAUCACGUAUUCAAGGGACGGAAAGUGUUUUGGCUCGUGCCUCCAACCCCUCACAACCUUGCCCUUUAUGAGGACUGGGUCCUUUCGGGCAAGCAGAGUGAUAUCUUCCUGGGAGACCGAGCUGAUGGAUGCCAGAGAGUGGAGCUUAAGCAAGGAUACACCUUCUUCAUCCCAUCUGGUUGGAUCCAUGCUGUCUACACUCCUGAGGACACACUGGUGUUUGGAGGCAACAUUCUGCACAGCUUCAACAUUCCUAUGCAGCUCACCAUCCAUGAGAUAGAGAAUAGGACUAAGGUUCAUUCCAAGUUCCGUUUCCCCUUCUACUAUGAGAUAUGCUGGUAUGUCCUGGAGAGGUACCUGCACUGCCUGACCAAAAGGUCCUACCUGUCUCAGGAGGUCCAUAAAGAGCCUGUUAUAAUGGACAAUGAGGCAAAAACAAACACAGAGAGCCCCUCCUCUGACUCAAGGAGCCAGGACAUAAACGAGGACUCAUGUGAGACUCAGGUCAGAGAUGACCAGGGUGAAAAACCCGAGAGAGUCACCCAGGAUGGCCCCUGUUCACCUGACAACCGGAGGGGCCAACACCUCAAAGCUGUUUUAUCUGUCGACUCUGAGGACAGCUGUAACCCCGGCUCCACCUCUCUGGAUUUCCCCCAGACACCCUCCGACUCUCCGGCCUCAGAGUCUCAGAGUAAAUGGACGCAUUUGACCGAAUUUGAACUGAGCGGACUCAGGACGCUGGUGGAGAAGCUGGAGUCGCUUCCUGAAAAUAAGAAAUGCAUUCCAGAGGGAAUCGAGAACCCACAGGCCCUGCUGGAUGACAUGAAGGCUGUAUUGAAAGAACACGCUGACGAUGACCCAAAAUUAGCGCUCAGUGGAGUUCCUGUUGUGUACUGGCCUAAGAAAACUGUAAAGCCUCGGCCUCCCAACCGGCCGAAACCUAAGAUGGCAGCUUCUCCUGCAUCAGCAGUCAAGCUGUCAGCCAGUCGGGGAACAUCUGGUGCCAGGAGGAGAAGGACUCGCUGUCGGAAGUGUGAGGCAUGCCUGCGGACGGAGUGCGGAGAGUGCCAUUUCUGUAAAGACAUGAAGAAGUUUGGCGGGCCGGGCCGUAUGAAGCAGUCCUGCAUCAUGAGGCAGUGCAUCGCUCCCGUCCUGCCCCACACGGCAGUGUGUCUCAUCUGUGGAGAGGCAGGGAAAGAGGACACAGUGGAGGACGAAGAGGAGAAGUUUAACCUCAUGCUCAUGGAGUGCUCCAUCUGCAAUGAGAUUGUCCAUCCAAACUGUCUUAAGGUGAAAGAUUCAAAUGGAGUAGUCAACGAUGAGUUGCCAAACUGCUGGGAGUGCCCGAAGUGCAACCAUGCCGGGAAAACGGGGAAAGCCUCAAAGCAAAAAAGGGGGCCAGGGUUUAAAUAUGCUUCAAACCUCCCCGGCUCUCUGCUGAAAGAGCCGCGGUUAAACCGGGAGUCAAAAGAGGAGCCCGAACCUCCGAUGGUGGCUACAGCAACUGUUACUGCUUUGACUCCCACGUCUGCUGUGAAGAGGAAGGCAGAGCGGGACGAAUGUCCCAAGAGGAAAGAGGAAGAGCCUCCAAAGAAACGCCCCCCGCUGUUGAUUCUGGAUGGUACGCCUAGGCCGAGGCUAGAGGACAACCCUCUAAGAAAAAAGAGGAAGCUUUUUGACACAAAUGAUGAACCUGCCAUUGUAAAAAAGAAGAAGAAGCUUUUAAAACCAGAGGAUCCCUUGGCUCCAAAGCUGUUGCGGCAAAUCAAGACAGAGAACGAUCAGGGAGAUGAAGAAGACGACCAGGAAGAACAUGAUGAUGGAUUCCCCUCAGACAGGAUUCAUGUAAAGGAGAAGAAUGAGUAUGAUGAAGAGGACCAGGAAGAAGACGAGGAGGUAGAGGAGGAGGAAGAGGAGGUGGUGAAAAAAGAGAGGGAGAGCAGUGCAGAGGACAAGCCCAAGCUCCUGUUAAGUCCAUUGCUAAGAACAUCUGCAGCUAGAGAAACUGAACAAACCUCCUCUAACUCUCCCCGAGCCGGACCGAGCAGCGAGUCAGGAGAAGCUCAGGAGAAGUGCGCUGUCCAGCCAAAGCCUCGCCAUCAGCGCCGACGCCUCCCCAACAAAGAGCUGAGCAAAGAGUUCAACCAGGACAUUCCAAAGACAGAAGACGGUCUGUCCAACCAGAACCACAGCUCAGUGAAGACAGAGGACAUCCCAGCCAAUCACAACCGACGACCACUGAAGACUGAGGACUCUGUGACCAAUCAGAACCGUAAACCACUAAAAACAGAGGACUCGACCACUAACCAGAGCCGCAGGGCACUUAAAACGGAGGAGGGUUUGGCCAACCAAAACAGGCGACCGCUGAAAACGGAGGACAGCCUGGCCAACCAAAACCACAGGCCUGUAAAAACUGAACCCGAGAACGAAGUGGACGACCAAAAGCCGAGGUGGCCUCUCAAUAACGGCGGCAGCGACCUUGGUGAUUGGCUGCGACACAGAGGACGGGAGGUGAACGAGACGCAGCGUGGCUACUCCCCACUCAGCUGGAACAGAAGCGCGCAGAUCACACCCAUAUGCCCUCGUCCACUCCCCUGCCGGUCGCCGCCAAAAUGCAUCCAAAUGGAGCGCCACGUGAUCCGGCCCCCUCCCAUCAGCCCCCCGCCCGACAGAUUGCCGCUGAACAGUGAUGAAGCGCACGUGAUGCGAAGAGAGAUGUGGAUGAUGGUGUUCGGUCACCUCGCUCACAGAGAUCUUUGUGUCUGCAUGCGCGUGUGCAGGACGUGGAACAGAUGGUGCUGCGACAAAAGGCUUUGGAAGCACAUCAAUCUGAACCGCUGCAAGUCCAUCACACCACUCAUGCUGAGCGGUAUCAUCCGGAGACAGCCGGCAGCUCUGGACCUCAGCUGGACCAACAUCUCCAAGAAACAGCUCAGCUGGCUCAUCAACAGGCUGCCAGGUCUGCGUGUGCUGCUGCUGUCAGGAUGCUCCUGGGUGGCCGUCUCUGCUCUUUGCACCUCCAGCUGUCCUCUUCUCCGAACUUUGGAUGUUCAGUGGGUUGAGGGACUGAAAGACGCCCAGAUGAGGGACCUGCUGUCGCCCCCUACAGAUAACAGGCCAGGUCAGUUAGACAACAGGAGUAAGCUGCGUAAUGUGGAGGACCUGCGCCUGGCAGGCUUGGACAUCACCGACACGUCUCUACGCCUCAUCAUCCGUUACAUGCCCAUGCUAUCCAAACUGGACCUCAGCUACUGCAACCACGUCACCGACCAGUCCGUCAACAUCCUGACUGCUGCCGGGACGACCACCAGAGACUCGCUCACUGACAUCAACCUGUCAGUCUGUAAUAGGGUCACGGACCAGUCGCUGACCUAUUUCAAGCGCUGUGGCAGCAUAUGUCACAUCGACCUGCGAUACUGCAAACAGGUGACCAAGGAAGGAUGCGACCAGUUCAUUGCAGAGAUGUCCGUCAGCGUGCAGUUUGAACUCAUAGAGGAGAAACUGCUGCAGAAGAUCAGUUAGGCAGAGGAGCACGGGAGAGAAUGUGUGACACUCACAAGUGGUGAAACUACUGUCCACACGGAGGCAGCAGACGACUGUGUGCUCGUGGGGAGCGGUCGCCGAUGAGGACGGCGUCUGUUCCCGUGCGGCCGGUGUGAAAAAGGGAAAGCCGUGCUGCUGAGCCAGAAUGUAUAAAAAGAGAUGGAAAUCUUGCAAAAAUAUUUCUGUUGUUGUUUGCACCUGUUUAUAUAAGUUAUUUAUUUCUUUAUAUUGAUUGUUUGUGUAUUGUAUCUUGAUUCCCUUUUUGGUGUUUAUAGAUUAUUUUUUGUUCCAAUGCAAAGUGCAUUAUAGAGUAAUACUAUUUUUGUAUCAGAAAGUGUUUCAUACAUUUAUGUGCAGUAUUGAUUGCACCAUUGUACAGUAUCAUACCAUUGAAAUUGAUAAUCAAUCGGCAUUACUGUUAAGCUCUUUAUUGUUGAGAGGCAAAGGUCUAUUUGUUGCCAAACUGUAGGGCGGUAGCUUGUGUUUGUGUGGGUGUUAUUUUUAUAUUUUAUUAUGUGUGUCAGUGCCCUUUUUCUGAUUGGAGGUACUGUACAUUUUGUUUUCCAGAUGUAGAGGUUUAAAGUUUAAAAAGUUAUUUGCACUGAUACAGUAAAUAUGAAUACAUGAAUGUGUUCACACAUACACUAAACAGUGUACAGUGUAUAAAGCAUAUUUUUCCAACACUAAAAUGUUCUGCUAAUUCUGCUAACAGCUUCUAGUGAAGUGGGUCACAUUAAGACCUGCAUACAAGCGUGUCUAUCACUCUUUAGUAUUUAUCGGUUCUUUGUGGAAGGAGGCGUUUUAGCUCUGCAUGCAGCAAAGACAUAUGUUUACACCACAGUAACUGUAGUAACUGUUGAACAAUAUAACCAUCUGUCAUUAGCCGAACUAGACUUAGUGGUGAAUCGUACGAAAUAAAUAAAUAAGAAAUAAAGGACCAACAAAGUCCGCGAUUAGGACAUUAACAGUAGUAAUUUGCAUAAAGACUGUUCUCUCCCCCGUAUGACAGUAGUGAGACGUGUAACUCAGGUGUCAUCAGUCAAAAGGCUGAAUGAUAAAUGGUAUAAGGACUGUUUCUCUUAUUUUCACCAAUGAUCCUGUUAAUUCUGUACAUUUAAAAUUUCUCCUGACCCCAGAUAUUCGAGUCUAGUAAUGUAUCCUGUUUUAUUUAUAAAUCCAGUGUGUCGGUUUUAGUGGCAUCUAGCGGCGACGUUGCAGAUUGCAAUCAAAAGAACACCCCUCGUCUCACCUAGCUAUAAGGACCUCUCUUCAAACCAGUAUUUGAUUUGUCUAUCCGAGCUACUGUAAAAAUGUGACAGUGCAACAUGGCGGAUCCUGUUGAACAGGACCCCACUUCCUCUGUAGAUUUAUUCUAACAUAACAACUACCUAACAAACUACUAACAAAAACCCAACAAUUUUUAAUUUUCUUGUGAUAAAUCAAAACAUUGUAAUGAAAAAUAUAUUCAGUUUUUGCCAAUAGAUUCCCCUAAAUCCUACACACUGGACCUUUAAGUAUAUAUUUGUCCAGUCCACAUCCAUGUCACUCUCCAGACAUGAGCUUCUGACCACAAAGUUGAGACCAAAUACAAGAUAAACACUGUAUUGUAUGAGAAAGAAUCAUAGGCCCUAUAUGUACAUGGCAUUUAGACUGUACUAUAGAAGAAGCGGCACAAACAACAUAUUUCUUAAAAGAUUUGUGCAAGUGAAAAUGGAUGUUGUUUGUUCUUUUUUUCUUUGUCAGAGAUUCCACAGAAAGACAUUUAUUUAACACUGGUUGCUUUCUUUAAAGUGAGUUCUUUACAUUUUUUUUUAUUUUUGAUACCUUUUGAGUUUAAUUGUCUUAAGAUAACAUAUAUUGUAACCUACUGUAUCAGUCAGUCUAGUGCAUUUAUUAAUUAUCAUAAUAUUAAAGGUUCUAUAUAUGACAUUCACUGCCACUAGAUGUCGAACUAAAGCACCAGCAUCUCAGACCAAAUCAAGUGGGCGCGUCGACCACGCCUCUGCUGUUAAAGGCUGUUGCCCUCCUCAGAGUGACCAGGCUCAGCUGAAAAAAAGUAAUUUUUACGUCGCAGAUCAUCCAACUCGACAGGCAACAAAACAAGUCUGCUUUUGUCAAAAUAAAACCUUUACUUCAUUGAGUUAACUGUGGAAAUAUUCAGGAUCUGCAUGCCGUUUUUCCCUCGCUGUACAAUAGUAACAUAUUCAGCUUGGUAAAUAGCCAUUUUUUCAAUUUGCAGUGACUUCAGUUCAUAUAAUGGUUUCAGUAGGGUCACUUAUUUCUUCUCUUAUGUCUCUUUAUGAACAUGGUAACAACCGGCUACCAAAACAAAGAACAGAGAAACUCUGAUUAAAACCCACACAGAGGGAGGGUGACCGUUCUCUGCUCAGGACGCCAUUAAAGGGGCACCGUGUACUUUUGGAGAAGAAAUUCAAAAUCUGAAUUGUAUUGUUUACAAUGAGGUAAUAAAACAAACUGAAUUAUUUAUCUCUUCCACAAGUGAAUAAACAAGCUGUUCUUAGAGGACAAGGUCCCCAGAACACUGUUGCAAGCUAGAAAGGUGGCAGGGUCCGCCACGUAUAAAAAGAGUAAAGCAGUAUGAAACUGCGUUUGUCCUUUAAGGUCAGUUUGUUUAUUCAGUCAUAAAAAAAGAAGCAAGUUGGUUUAUGAAGUUUGUUUUGUCAUUUAACUUUUUUUUCGCUUCUGAUCAAAAUGUCUUCCUUCAGACUGCACAGUGCACCUUUAAUGUUUGAAAUCUCAUAUACAGAACCUUUAAAAGGGACAUUUUUUGCUAUUGGAACUUGUCUAGAAACAUUUCUGACUCAACAGUUUGAUAGGUUUCUGUUUUUUCUUGAAAACUUUUUAGAAAUGAUGUUCUUAAGGGGUUUUUUGUGUAACUUUUGAAUAGCACUUGAUAUGGUUCAAUGGAUGGGUUUACAUUUUCAUUUUCUUUGUUAUUUUUUUAAUUAUAUAACCAUGACUCCAUGAAUAUUUUAGUACAUUGCUGUAAAUGUUCGAUCUGUACAUAAUGUACAUGUAAAGCCUCUAGGAAAAGUUAAGUCAGCCUUUGAGAUAUUAAAUUCAUUUUAAGUAC